AUGGAUGACAAAGAAGAACAAAAGUGGUCGGGCAUGAUACCGAUUUCCAUUUCCAUGCGACCGGAAGAGGUGUGCUCGAUCGACCAUCCAGAACCGUAUUUCGUUCUCGUCCCGAGAUUCGCGCGUUUGACGGCGUUUCACGGAUGGUUCGAGAACGGGGACAUUGGCCGGUAUUUUCAACAGUUUCGGUUGAUGAGUGAUUCUUCUUCUUCGUCGUCGCAGGCGUCGGCGUCGGCGUCGGUUUUGAUGAAUACUGCUGAGAACACGAAGAGCGGUGGUGGUGGUGGUGGUGGUGAUGAUGAUGAUGCGAGCAAUGAGAACGGCGAGAGUGAUGAUACCGCCGUUAAUGCUACCGAGAAGAAGAGCAGGAAGAAGAGCAGCUCGCUUCACGACGCGUGGUUCGAGACGAAACCGUUGGACGUGGACGUGUACGACUCGAGGAGAGGACUGAUGCGAAAAAAUAAACUCUCGAUACCGAUACGAUGGAACGUUCCGUUUGGAGUCGUCGCGGAUAUUCUCAGAGCUUUAACAACAACAACAACGAGUCCUCGUCUUCUUCUUCCGUUAGAACUCGUCGCUCGAUAUUCGCAAAGAGACGAAUUGGGUUUAUCCUUUCGACACGCGGUGGGCGAAGACGCGCAAAAAGCGUGCAAGAGUCAUUUCUUCAACGCUUUGAAAGAGGCGAGUUUUAUACAGACAGGGUCGAGCCAAGUGGUGAUGUCGUUGGGCGUGCAAGCGAGAGAUGAUUUGUGGGAGAGCACGAUGACGAAGGGUACGAUGGGUGUUGGUGAUGAAAGUGUCCAUGGUAACGAGAGAUCUGGAUACGAGAAAGCGAAGGAAGCGUUGACGAAGAUUCACAAAGAGGCGAGAAAGAGAGAGAAGAAAAUGAAUGCGGGAGGAGGGGGGGCGGUACCAAUACGGGCGUAUGAAGUGGACGUGAUGCGUCAAGGCGCAGGAGAUGACGAUGAUGGUGAUGAUAUUGACGACGGUCAAGGGUUUUGGGAACGGUGCGUGCGAUUUUCUUCGGCACCGGUUGCGCGGAAUCUAUCGAUAGCCGAGUGUUUGGACGACGUCAUGUUUCCUGAUGACGAUACUAACUCACGAGAAGAAAGGGGUAGAAGAGUUAAAAUCGAGGGAAUUGAAAUUGAUGAAGCGAAACCAGUUGGUGUGUUAUGGAAUGCGUUAUCCGCACCGGAUGGGUUUAUGCACAUCGUAGUAAUUAAAAAUAGGAGCAUAACAAAGUAG